AAUACAAGGCAUCAAUACAGGUGGCCAUUUGCCACAAACCCAAACCAUCACGGGCUGCGCCACAUCAGUUGGAGUCAAUCUAUAUCAUGAUUACUAUUGAGAUCAUUCUUAAGGAGCGUUUGUCCAGUUCUCGGUAUAAUCCUAUCCAACCUCUUCUCCCUCACUGCCUAGAGAGCAGGGAGAUAAGACAGGGAUGAGAACCCUUCCGGAAGUCAGAAUGCACGCCUUACCACUGGGACCUCAAAACUGUUCCUGGACACAUCCAUGGAACCAUUGGAAUGUCGAAUCCAGCCAGGCUGAGAGUUGAACUUGUGGGGCGUUGUCAAAUAUGCUGAUUGCUGAGUGAGACGGACAGACAUCUCCAUAGUACGGAAGGACGGUAGAAAAUAGUAUGGAGGAAAUUUAAUAAUAGGAACUCGGUCAGCGCCAUCCCCGUCAUGCGAUCAUCCUCUCGAUGUGGCUGGUAUUCCAAUGCACCAGCCCGUGUCAAGGAAACUACCGCUCAAAUCAGCCCUCUAGUCCAUGGAAGGAUCAAACCGAUUGCUACUAGUCAGUCGGGAUUCCGGACGCGCACUCGGCGGCCGAUCCUUACCCCGAGGAGAACUUUUUACCUGCAAAGAUGACCUCACCGUGGAUUGUUCCAUCUGACUACAAGUCUUGGGAGGUGGAUGAUCUUCCUUUUCUUUCAAGUUUCUUUCAAGUUUCUGGCAACUUUCUUGGUCUUUUUUUUUGUCUCGUCAGGAUGUAUCCCACCGCCUCUAGUUCCAAUUUUAAUCAACUUCCAACUUCCAACUUCCCACUUGCCGCGCUUUGCAGGCUGCCGUUGAUCGGCUGCAUCCUGGGCCCUACUUACGGAGUACAUGUCAUUAGGCCCUACCUACGGAGUACAUGUCAUUAGGACACGACCGCCUGCAUCACUUGGGAAGAUUAUCUUUCUUUACCUGGUCUCUACAU